AUGCAAUUAGCGUUUCUGGACUUUGAAGCCGCGUUCGACUCGCCUCACCGAGGCCGUCUUCUCAACGCGCUGAGCGCCGAUCGAGUACUAGGAAAGUUCGUUCGCUUGCUUGAUGACAUGAAUCAACGACCAACUGCUGCAGUUCGAACAUCAGCCGGAUGUACAACACCGUUUGAAGUAGUAACUGGAGUAAGACAAGGGGUAGUGGCAGGACCUUUCCUGUUCAAUUUCGCAAUCGACGACAUUAUGCGAAGAACAGUCGACCAGUGA